AUGACCGGGCGAGUUCUGGUCAAAAGCAGCCGAAGAGGCAGCAAGAAGUACGAGCUGCGGGCGUGGGUUGGCGGCAAGCAAGGCUCCCUCGGCUAUUUUGCCACCGCCGAGCAGGCGGCGCUCUUCUACGCCCGCAGGGAGGCGGGCAGGGACACUAGCGAUCUCACCGCGCCGCCGCCGCCACCCGUGCCUUCCUCUCCCGCUGGCGCCGAGGCGAUACGGCAGGCGGAGAGGGAGGCCCUGACCCUGGUCACCAGCAGCAACAACAGCACCGGCUACAAAGGCGUGAGCUUCUGCCCGAAGCGGGAAGGCAGCAAGAAGUACCUGCUGUCGGUGAAGGUUGGCGGCAAGCAAGCGGGGAGGGAGGGCCUGACUCUAGUCACCAGCGGCAGCAGCAACAGCGGCUACAAAGGCGUGCUCUUCUACCCGAAGCAGCGACAUACCAAGCAGUACAAGCUGCAGGUAACGACUGGAGGCAAGAAAGUCACCCUCGGCUACUUUGCCACCGCCGAGGAGGCGGCGCUGGCGCGCGCGCGGCACCUGUGGGACACGACCGUCCGCCUGCUCGAGCCGCAGCCGCAGCAAGCACCGCCGCAAGGCGCAGCAGGGCCGUCCGAGGCCACUACGAGGAGGAGGCCGCAUUAUCGCGCACGUAGUAGCUUGGUACGAAGGUCGUACAUAUUCCUCGUGUGUGGCUGUGUGCCCUUCGGGUGCCCGGGCGCCGUGCUAGCGGUUAUUAUUCGUACUUUUUGA